UCGCGGUCAAAGGAUAGCAAGCACUGGAUUAUGGAAUAUGGCGGACCGCUUGAAUCCAAUACGUCUUUGUUCCUGAGGAGCUAGCAAACCCUGUUUCUCAUCGACGGCAAAAUAUUCUGUCCAUGAGGCUAUCCUGUUUGUAACCCUAUUUCACCAGGAGUUAUCUCCCAUGGAAUAAGCAAGGCUUUAUAUCCCUCAAAACGUCAUCAUGGACCCGAGAGUAAUCCUCAAAGAAACAAAUGACAUAGCUAGUCCAGCCAAGAAGAGGAAAGGGAGAGAAUCGAAAUACAUAAAGCAGGAGCCUGAGCAAGAAAAGGCGCAGGAAGACAUUGUCGUUGUACCAGUUAGGAAAGGUCGGAAGGGGUCAAAGUGGCAGGGGUCAGGUUUCAUUACAAAGAGAGGAGACCAGAUAUUGUCAUACACCUCGCAGAACAAGAUAACUUACAGGAAAGGAGACUGCGUAUACCUGGAGAAUGUGCGUAGGGACCAGCCUUAUCUUGUUUGUGGAAUCAAAGACUUCAGACUGACCAAACGUGAGACGCUGGUGGUGGGGAUCAAGUGGUACUUCCGGCUGUCUGAAGUGCCCGAUAGUGUCUACCAACUGUUGGUCCAAGACAGGCACACCGAAAGCUGUGGGAGAGAAUCGUUGAUACCAGAUCCGCACAUUCGCUCCAGGGAGCUCUUUAUAUCCGAUGCAUCAGACAGCUACCCUGUCAAGGCUCUGAGAGGGAGGUGUAAAGUCAGUCGGUACCACGACCUCAGUGCUGCUAAAGACUUCAAACCAGAGCCAGACUCUUUCUUCUACGUCCUAGAAUACAACCCCAAAACCAAGAGGCUGGCGACCACACAAGGGGAGAUUCGGGUGGGACAGAGUCAUCAGGCUCGCCUACCCGAAUUAAAGCGAGAUGUCAUGCCAUCACAGAUGCCCGAAAAAAUGGAGCGUUGGGAGGAGCUUCGAUGGCGGCCCAAUGCCGUCAUGGAUGGAGAUCUGAUGAUGUACCUGCGAGCCGCAAGGAGUGUAGCAGCGUUUGCUGGGAUGUGUGACGGUGGUUCUACCGAGGACGGGUGUCAGGCCGCUUCUAUGGACGAGACCACUAUCAAUGCCAUGGAUACGCUGCACCGCCACACGUAUGACACAGGCAAGGGUCUUCAGGCACUGGUCAAGUCACCUGCCCUCCGCAGCAUAGAGAAGAAGUGGACAGAGGAAGACUCGAAACGUUUCAUCAAAGGUCUUCGACAGUAUGGCAAGAACUUCUUCAAGAUCCGCAAGGAGCUUCUCCCCCACAAAGAAACGGGAGAGCUGGUGGAGUACUACUAUUUCUGGAAGAAAACUCCUGGUGCCACGUCAAACCGACCCUAUCGAAGACACAAGCGUCCUGCCUUUAAACGCAACACCCGCUCCCAACGCCCGACCUCAAGUGACUUCUGUGACCAGAGCUGUUCAGCCAGUGAGUGCUCAGAGGACUCGGAUGACAGUGGUGCUAGUCGGGAGCUGAGCGGCUACACUUGUCGUCACUGUUGUACUACAGUGUCCAAGGACUGGCACCAUGCCGGUAAGGACAAGAGUCUCCGAUGUACAGAAUGCCGCCUCCACUUCAAACGCUAUGGGGAAGAGCGGCCCUUAGAGAGUCCACGCGACCCCUCGAUACGCGAUCCCUCAUCACGCGACCCCUCACCCUUCCUCUUCCAGCCAGUAAAGGAAGAGGACUCGGUCAACGGUCGGCACAAUAUGCGAACACGACAGACUCGGGAAUCGACAAAAGGCAAAAGGAAGGAGAGAAAUAAUAGUACUAGUAGUCCAGAUAUCAUUGACAAUCCACUGAACCCGCUAGCUCCUCUGGCUCGUGGCCGCAAGUCCCCGAGCACCGGUAGUACCUGUAGCAAUAGUAGCACCGACACACAGAGGAAGGGCAAGAAAACAACUGAAGCCCAGAAUAAGGGCAAGAAGCGACAAGCGAACUCAGAUUCAGAGGACAAGCACAACAAGAAAAAGAAAGCCGAGGACCGAUCGGAUUCCGAGUCAGUCUCUGACAGCAGCAGUCUAUCUGGGAAUGAUGAGGAGAACGGCAACGAGGGCGAUAUAGAAAAUAAUCAGGAUGACCUUAGCUCCUCCUCACCUCCCAGCACUCCGCGCUCUGUAGACACUGACUACAAAUCCAGUAAAGCUCCGGUGUCUUCACAAAGUUCUACUACUACAACCAGCACCUCUGUUCAGUCUCCGGUGGCAACCAUUGUCACUCCUAUCUCCACCGCAACCGUGGCCAACCUUCACGACAAGGUGCCACUCGUGCGGCCGGAGCCAGCACAUAUCCACCAUCCUCAUACGUCUCCGCCUCCCGUGUCACAACUUCUUCCUCCCCCACCUAACCACCUAUCCCAUCACUCGCACCCUCUCUCCCCUGUGUCGUCCUGUCCCCCACUCGUACCCUUAUCAUCUUCCAUUUCUCUGCCAUCAUCACAGAAAUUGCCAUCAGAGAAGCUGUUGCCCACCACAACGCCAUCCAUGCCGCUGUCACUCCAAUGCAGCACUCCUCAGGACCUCGCUUUCCACAGGGAUACGUCGCCAUUCACAUCACCAUCGCUGUUAUCGCUGUCAUCGCUGCACACAAGGGCUCCACUGUCAUUACCUCAGGUUAGCACCUCCAGUACCUCAUCAACAACUGCCAGACUAGAUGACUUCCACACUACUAAUACUGUACCCAUCAAAAAGGAGCCUCUGUCUCCACCGUCAUCUCCCAAACACAGCUUCGGGGCCACCAAGCUGUUGAUGGACACACCAGCCUCUCGACCUAGUAUAGAGGACAAAUCUAGCAUGAACAGUGUUAUAGUCAAGUCAGAACCAGUAUCUAGUUUCUCAAGUCGGACAGAGUCAUUUCAGCCAUUUGAUUUCUCCAAACAGGGACUGGAUUCCAGUGCUAGUAGUACAGUGGUGUCAAACAGCAGAGUGUUAGACUCUGUGAGUAGUGUUGGUAGGUCGGACAAUAAAACCCCUCCCCUUCAUGCAUCACACACACAUGGUCCCUCCCCACACGGACCUCUUCCACAUGUGGUUCCCUCACAUGGACAUUCUCAUAGGGCCUCCCUUCACGGGCUUUCUCCCCAUGGAGCCCAUCCCCAUGGACCUCCCCAACUAGGGCCUCCUCCUCAUGGGCUUCCCCCUCAUGGACCUCCCCAACACGGAUCAUCCCAACAUGGACAACCAUUACAUGGGCCUUCCCCAAUCAGGCCUGUCCCACAUGGGGCUGCUCCUCUGCCUCAUCCACACAUCCAUGAACCACCCACCACCCCAAAAGAACUGAUCUCUCCCUUGUCCAUGGUGGAUACAAGUACAACAGAGAAAUUGACCCCUAAUGUGGGGGUCAAGUCAGAGCCUGCUUUACCUGCAAUUGAGACCAGUGUUGUGAUGGAGGAGGAGGAAGAAUCAGACCACGAAGAAGGGACAACUACGCCAGGGCCAGAUCCCACCCGCUGUAGUCUAGAAAUCUACAAAACUCAGAAUGCAAUACUUAUGAAAGUGCUGAACAGAGGAGAAAACAACUGUUGUUCUCGCUGUGAUAUCGUGUUCAGACCCCAUCCAGAUUCCAAGUUGGCCCACAAGAGGGCAGCACCGACACACACCCCUGUUAAGACAGAGGAAAAGAAAAAGCCAGAAACGCCUCCUCCAAACGCUACAGCGGAUGCAAUGAUUACCAGCAGUAUAACGCCCAACAAUCCAUACGAACGCCAUACACCUCGCUCAUCUUACCCCGACACCCCAGCCCUACGCCAGCUCAGCGAAUAUGCAAAACCCCAUGUAAUGGCUACCGGCCCAGAUCCUGCACGAUCUCUUUCCUACGCAGGAAUGCCCCAUGGCAUGGAUCAUCUUCUCGACUACCGCAUGGCGGCAAUGUACCCUCCGGGCUCCCGUGAAAGGUUAGAAUUGGAACUGGAGCGGGACAAGAGAGAACGAGAUGCCAGGGAGAGAGAAAUCCGGGAACGCGAGAUACGGGAAAUGGAAAUGAGAGAAAAAUUGAAAGCAGAUUUGGAGCUCAGUAAACCAGGAUUGGACAGAAUACUGCCACAUGGUCCAGGGAUGGACUCGAACUGGUUAGAACUACAGAGGCGUUUCUGUCAGCCAGGCAGUCAUGUGUUACAAUCGGCAGCUAACGUAGGAGGCCCCGGAGGGGGGCACCACAUCCCCGGGGUCUACCCGCCCACAAGUCUGGCUAGUGACCUCUUACAGCGUGAACGGGAAAGGAUGGAAAGACUAGGGUUCCCCCAGUGUCAUCUAAUGCACCCCGGUGCUGACAUGGCUGCAUACUCUAAUACCGUGGAGCGACUGUCGGCCGAGAGGCUACACGCGGAGCGUAUGGCUCUCGCCACCGACCCAAUGGUUCGACUGCAGAUGGGCAACCUGGGCAUGUCACCGUCUGGCCACACGCACACACAUGCACACUCGCACACCCAUCUCCACCUUCAUCAGCAGGACGCUGCAGCGGCGGCAGCAGCAGCUUCAGGGGCGCCAUUCCACCCCUCGCUGCAUGGUCUGCCUCACCACUUCCUCCCUCCCCUGCCCCCAGGAGCUGAUCCUUUAGCCUCAGGGAUGAGUAACUCUAAUCCUCCCACGUCCAGUGCCGGGCCCCACCUUCAGUCCCUGCCCCAGGGGAUGCCUCAUCAUGCUGCUCUGCUGGCUGGCCGUGAGCAGGAAAUGCUACAGAGCGACCUCUACAGGCGAGCCUAUGCCGACCCUGCGUUUGCUCAUCAGCUGUCUGCUCAGGCUGCUCACCAGGAAGCUAUACAGCGCCAGCUGGCCAUGGACCGUGAACGCUAUGGUCCUGGGGGUCAUCUCCACCAUUGACCCCACCAACUUUAGCAAUGAUCUCCAUGGCAACAGUUGUAUCACCUCGUGUCAUAGGUUGUGAUGAUAGUGUAGACCCACGAGUGUGUAUAUUUAGAAUUUCCUGGAGUCAACUCUAUGAUGAGGAUAUUUUGACAACACACAGCGUACCUUUCUUCAGGAGGAUAGUUUUACUUGUGUUGUCUAAGUGGCAGCAGUUCCUGACUUGUGAAUUGAGAUGUUAAAAUUGAAGCAUUACUUCUCGAUAAGAAAAGGGAGAUAAUUCUUGGUAUCAAUAUUCUAUGGAGUCUGGCUAUAACUCUGACAAUCAGGAAGGGAGGAGAUUGAUGAUGAAAUCCUGGUGUUUUCUUGGGUAUGCUCAAGACUUUUGUGGGCAGGAUCCAUGUCUUAAAUUGAUGUGGCCCAAGACUAUAAUGGGCGUGGCCCCAGGCUCUGGUAGGUGUUUCCAAAGAUCUAGUGGGCGUGGCCCGGACUUCGUGGCCAGACAUAGCCACAUUAAGGGCUUGACCUCUCAAGGUCAGCCAAUACUUGUGCAAUCUUCAUUUUUGUAUAGAUUUUUUUCUUUUGCAAAAACAAAACACGUUAUUUAAAAAGCGAAUGAAGAGGAGGAUUCCUUGCCCAGUAUUAUGAGAGGGGAUCCUUCCAUCAACAGGCAAAUUCCAUUGUACAGUAUUAUGUGUCUUCGAUUUUUUGUGUGGCAUUUUCAUAUACGCUCAUGCUGUGUUUACAUUUUGUAAUUUAUAAAUAAUUGUUUGGUGAACAAGACAUGUUUGAGUGACAGCAGGGUGAAUGAUGCAAUCAUGUAACCGUUAACAUAUGACAACCAGGUAUGUAAUCUUGUGACUGGAAUGACCAAAGGUUUUGGACAACCAUGUUUAUAUAUUUGUUGAUGGUAAUCUGGUCUGCGAACCCAUCAUCUGAAAUCAGUGAUUAUGUGUCAGAAUGACAGAAAGAAUCACUGGUAAAACAAAAACUGUACAGAGUGACAGAAAGAAUUCCUGGUAAAACAAAAACUUUACAGAGUGACAGAAAGAAUUACUGGUAAAACAAAAACUGUACAGAGUGACAGAAAGAAUUACUGGUAAAAAUAAAAACUGGAAGGCAUAUCGACAAAUCUCAAUUAGAAUAGAGAAUUUCCGUUCUAAAGAAUAAAUGAUAAGUCAUAACAUGUCAUUGAAAGAGAAUGAUUGUUUCAUGUAAGUGUGUUCGAGAGUGGUAGUGUACAGUUGAACAUGUGAUCCAUGACAUGUGAGAGUUCUGGACAAGGGAGGUAAGCCCACAUCCACAGUAUAUAUGGCAGCACACCACUAUAAAUAUCUGUUCAACCUUUAUAUAUAUAUAUUAUAUAGCCAUUAGCAGUAAAAGUUUCAGGGAAUGAUGUUGUAGGGUUACCAACCUGUAGUUCAAUAUUUUGCUUAUAAAUAAAGAAUAUGUUCUUUAACUUUUUGUGUAAGGCUUUAGUCAAAGUAACAGCUUUGUCAGAACUGUCAAAUCCUAACUUCAAGUCAAAUAGAAGUCAAUUCAAUGAGGACCUGGAAAUUCUUCGUUUCACAGAUAUAAUGUUUUCAGAAACAAGACAAUCAAGAUAUAAUAAUUUGGGAGUCAGAAUCUUGUCAUUUUACGAUAAAAGUUUUGAAAGUAUUUUUUCCUUAGACAACUGUUUUAAAGAAAAAUGUAGAUAAUAACAUUUCAAACAAUAUGUAUAAUAGAGGUUGAUUGUCUCCCUUUAGUCUCUGUCUCCUGAGUAUGAAGGAGGUUUCAGGUAGCUUUCAUUAUAUAACAUUCCAAUAGUCACCUUCCUGCAGUUAAUAUGGCAGUGUCAUACCGCCUUACAGUGGUGUCACACCACACUUCUGUGGGUAACACACCUUCCUAUAGUCUGUAGUGGGGUCACACCACGCUCCUGUAGGUAACAACCCUUCCUAUAGUCUGUAGAGGGGUCACACCGCGCUCCUGUGGGUAACACACCUUCCUAUAGCCUGUAGUGGUG